AUGCACAGUGCCGGUAAAGGUAUGUCUUCCUCUGCUAUUCCAUACAGCAGAAAUGCUCCAGCUUGGUUCAAAUUGUCCACUGACUCUGUUAUUGAACAAAUCACCAAGUACGCCAGAAAGGGUUUAACUCCUUCUCAAAUCGGUGUCUUAUUAAGAGAUGCUCAUGGUGUUACUCAAGCUAGAAUCAUCACCGGUAACAAGAUCUUAAGAAUCUUAAAAUCUAACGGUUUAGCUCCAGAAAUCCCAGAAGAUUUAUACUUCUUAAUCAAAAAGGCUGUCUCUGUCAGAAAGCACUUAGAAAGAAACAGAAAGGACAAGGACGCUAAGUUCAGAUUAAUUUUAAUCGAAUCUAGAAUCCACAGAUUAGCUAGAUACUACAGAACUGUCGCUGUCUUACCACCAAACUGGAAAUACGAAUCUGCUACUGCUUCUGCUUUAGUUAACUAG